UCUAUUUCAGCGUUCGCUCUUGUAGAACAUCGCGUUAGUGUAAGCAUAGUAACCGCAAUAGACUUUACUCACUGUCAGUAACAACUUUACUUUAGUUAAAAAAAUAUAAAUAUAAAAAUAUAAAAUAUAAUAUAAUAAAAUAUAUAAAUAUAAACAUAUAAAAGAAUGGAUUCGUACGAUGAACAUGACGGAAUUUUACGUAAGCUUAAUCCCUUGCCCGAUUCUCUCUGGCCUUAUCUAAUAAGCUUGUGUGUUGGAUUAAUCACUGUGAUAAGAAUGUAUAUGGGCGGUUCUAUGUGUCCGAGUGACGAUCGCAUCGAUGAUAAGGUCGUAAUCGUCACCGGCGCUUCCAGUGGAAUCGGCAAAGAAAUCGCCUUAGAAUUGGGUCGCAGAGGUGGUCGUAUUAUCUUAGCCGUAAGAGAUGUGGCAGCCGGAGAAAAAGUGGCGUGUCAAAUCCGAGAUGUGUCCGGACAAAAUGCGGAAGUUAAGGCGAUCGAUCUCUCCUCGCUGAAGAACGUACAGAGUUUUGUCGACCAGUUGGGCGUGGAAAAAAUAGACAUACUGGUGAACAAUGCUGGAAUUGUUUUCCAUCCGUUCGAAAAAACUACAGAAGGAUUCGAAAUGCAUUUUGUAACGAAUUAUCUGGGUCAUUUCUUACUUACUCAAUUACUCUUACCGAAACUACGUGCAGCUAGACAAAGCAGGAUAAUAAACGUUUCCUCACAAGCGCACACUAUCAGUAUUGUGCACCUGGAGGAUUUGAAUUUGGAACGAAACUUUACUGCGAGGGAAGCUUUCGGUCAAAGCAAACUGGCGUUAAUCUUGAUGGCGAGACACAUGAGCAAAUUAUUGAGAGACACGGAUGUCACGAUUAACACUGUAAAUCCCGGCAUUGUGAGAGGCACGAGGCACAUGCGAUAUUCGCCAUUAAAUUCGACAUUCUUGAUCAAACUGAUAAUGCAGCCGUGGAUGUGGUUAUUCCUAAAAAGUGCCGUUCAAGGUGCCCAAACUGCCGUUUACGUGGCUGUGAAUAGAGAAUUAAGGGAACAUUCUGGGAAAUAUUUCAGUGAUUGCCAAGUGCAGACACCGUCGGUCAGUGCUGUCGACGAUAUAAUGGCGGAAGAACUGUAUACCAAGUCUUUUAUAUUAGUGAAACCUUAUGUGCACGAAUCUCCAAUUAAUCAUGAAGAAUGAUUAUAAGACAUAUAUCUCGCUCUACAUUCUAUACAUUAUCAGCAC